AUGUACUCAACCCAAUAUUAUUCAUAUGAUACAAUAUAUCAACCUUAUUAUCCAGGAUAUGUACUAUAUGAAGUACCUCGAGAGAAGAAUAUUUUUUGCAGUUUAACUGAAGCAUUAUGUAGUGGUGUAGGACUAAUAAUAACCUCCUUAGCCUCCAUUUGUGUUGCUUCUACUGAUUUGUUAAUAAGAAGUUGUGAUAGCAGAAAGAACUCAUAA